CGUCGGGCACUGGAGUAUCGAAGUGAACCUGAGCCCGCGCAGACUUAGAAAACGCCAGAGAACCUAGGGAUGGCGGGCACUGGUUUGGUGGCCGGGGAGGUUGUGGUGGAUGCGCUGCCGUAUUUUGAUCAGGGUUAUGAAGCGCCUGGUGUUCGCGAAGCGGCUGCGGCGUUGGUGGAGGAGGAAACUCGCAGAUACCGACCUACGAAGAACUAUCUAAGCUACCUGACGGCCCCGGAUUAUUCCGCUUUUGAGACAGACAUAAUGAGAAAUGAAUUUGAAAGAUUGGCUGCUCGACAACCAAUUGAAUUGCUCAGUAUGAAACGAUACGAACUUCCAGCCCCUUCCUCUGGUCAGAAAAAUGACAUCACUGCAUGGCAAGAGUGUGUAAACAAUUCUAUGGCACAGUUAGAACAUCAGGCAGUUCGAAUUGAGAACCUGGAACUAAUGUCCCAGCAUGGAUGCAAUGCCUGGAAAGUGUAUAAUGAAAAUCUUGUUCAUAUGAUUGAGCACGCACAGAAAGAGCUUCAGAAGUUAAGGAAACAUAUUCAAGACUUAAACUGGCAGCGAAAGAACAUGCAACUCACAGCUGGAUCUAAAUUAAGAGAAAUGGAGUCAACCUGGGUAUCCCUGGUCAGUAAGAAUUAUGAGAUUGAAAGGACUAUUGUACAAUUAGAAAAUGAGCUCUUUCAAAUGAAGCAGCAACACGGAGAGGCAAACAAAGAAAACAUACGGCAAGACUUCUGAAAUAGACUGGCUCGGUGGGUAGAGAGGAAGGUAUGCUGGGCUUUCACAGAAGAUCAGGCAUCUUAACUAUGAGGAACAUCAGCAUCUUUCGGAAACCAUCAGUGGUUAUAUGUUUAGAAACCAUAAAAUGUGGUAGUUGUAUUCUAUUUGUACAUUUUCGCAAAAUAAAAAACUUA